UUUCCUAAAAUCCCUGUCCUCUUAGUUGCUCAUUUACUCUUUCCACUCAAAUAAAUAAGUCAACUUCGGCAGAUUUAUCUACAGAUGUGAAGAAAACGUAUCGCCAAGAUUCAUACAAAAAUGGAGUGGCCGGUUUUUGUUGUCUGCCUCGUUUUUAAUUCCUUGGCGGUAUCUGCGGAACCUGCUGUAUAUAAGAAUCCCAUUGAAAUAUACAGCCUGCAUGUGGACUGCAAAGUCACUUCACGGUUUGCUCACACAGUCAUCACGAGCAGAGUCGUCAACCGAGCCAAUGAAUCCAAGGAAGCUCUUUUUGAGGUGGAGUUACCCAAGACGGCCUUCAUCACAGACUUCAGCAUGACCAUAGAUGGGGUCUCAUAUCCUGGAAUAAUCAAGGAGAAGAAAUCUGCCCAAGACCAGUACAAUGCUGCUGUUUCAAGAGGACAAAGUGCUGGAUUGGUCAAAUCCGCUGGAAGAAAACUAGAACAGUUUCAUGUUUCAGUCAAUGUUGCACCAGCUGCCAAGGUUAACUUUGAGCUGAUCUAUGAGGAAUUACUAAAACGGAAGCUAGGAAAGUAUGAACUGCUGAUUAAAGUCAAGCCCAAACAGCUUGUUAAUCAUUUUCAGAUUGAUACCCACAUCUUUGAACCUCAGGGUAUACGUUUCUUGGAAUCUCAAAGCACCUUCAUGACCAAUGAAUUGAAUGAUGCCCUCACAAAGACGCAGGGGGACACAAAGGCUCAUAUUUCAUUUAAACCUACUAUAAAUCAACAAAGAAAAAAUCCUGGAUCAGAAGAAACUCUGCUGGAUGGUGAUUUUGUUAUCCGUUAUGAUGUUAACAGGAGUCUUGCUGCCGGUGAUGUGCAGAUUGUAAAUGGAUAUUUUGUGCAUUAUUUUGCUCCUAAUCAAAUGCCAGCAUUUCCAAAAAAUGUCAUCUUCGUUAUAGACAAAAGUGGAUCAAUGUCUGGCAAAAAAAUCCAGCAGACAAGAGAGGCCCUGGAGAAGAUUUUGGAAGAUCUGUAUCCUGAAGACCAUUUUAACUUAGUAGUCUUUAGUGCCGGUGUUGCUGAGUGGCAACCGGUCUUGUUGAAAGCCACAGAAGAGAAUGUGGAACGGGCAAAACAAUAUGUUCGGACCAUUUUUGCUCAAGGAGGAACAAAUAUAAAUGGUGCUCUUUUGACCGCAAUGCAUUCAUUGGACAAAGCGACAUCCGCUGAAAUAUUGCCAGAAGAAAGUGUCUCAAUGAUCAUGUUGCUGACAGAUGGCCAGCCUACUGUUGGUGAAACAGACAUUGCUAAGAUUCAAGAAAACAUAAAAGGAGCCAAUAAUGGAAAGUACUUCCUCUACUGCCUUGGCUUUGGAUUUGAUGUCAGCUACUCCUUUCUGGAAAAGAUGGCCUUAGACAAUGGAGGCAUUGCACGGCGUAUAUAUGAGGAUUCUGAUGCAGCCCUGCAGCUCCAGGGCUUUUAUCAAGAGGUCGCCACUCCCAUCCUGAAGGGAAUUGAAAUGAAGUAUCCUGACCAUGUUCAAGAAAUCACUCAGAAUACUUUCAACGUGCUCUUUGAUGGCUCCGAAAUUGUAGUUGCUGGAAAGCUGGACAAUGACAUUGAGGUUUUUCCUGUGAACAUUAAAGCUCAAGCAAAUGGUUUUAAUCUGACCCUCCAAAAGGAUGAAAAUGUCAUGGAAAAGGAGCAAGUAUUUCAAGAUCUGAAAUACAUCUUUGGAAAGUUCACUGAGAGAUUGUGGGCCUACUUAACCAUUCAACAACUACUGGAAAAAUCAGUUUCAGCUAAGGAGCAAGAGCAGAAAAGCCUGGAAGCUCAAGCUUUGAACCUCUCCUUGAAGUUCAGCUUUGUUACACCCCUCACCUCGAUGGUGGUCACCAAACCUGAUGCCCAGGAAGUGGCAAACAAGCCUACGGAAGCAGAUAAUGAGAGUUUCGAAGAUGAUAUACCUCAAAGUGGUGCAAUGAUGUAUCAGCUUCAGUCAUCACGAAGUCGUUCUUCCAAGAGACCCGCAAGCCGUCCCCACGGACAACCAGGCUUAUCAGGUCCUCCUCCUGAGAACCCAAGUCAUCAUAUGGCCAGUCCUUAUGACUAUAGUUAUGGAGGAAAACACUUCGUGCCAGGCAUGAGGUUGUCAUCUCCUCUCCGCAAGAAUGCCAAUUCAGUGAGAAUUUCACAUCCACAUUUUAUCGUGCAACUGCCUAGAGGAAAUGAUGCCAUUUGUUUAGAGGUCAACGGACAGUCACAGACACCUCUAAACCUGCUCUCUGAUCCUGUUAAAGGGAUCCAAGUAACCGGCAAGCUGGAGACAAGAAAACACUUUGAGCAGUUUGAAAUAGUCUAUCAGAAGCCAGAUGUGCGGAUUGAUGUCUCUACUCAAGAAAUUGUCCUGCACCUGAAUGGAAACACGGCUCUGCUCUCAUGGAAAUCAAACACAACAUUCCCAAUGACAGGGCUAAAUAUUGCAGUUGAAGAAGAAAAGAGUCUUUCGUUAAUGGGAGCAGACAACAUCUCCAUAAAAAUAUCCUAUGUAAGGCUUCCGGAACGUUUUCUUGGAUUAUACAUCACUGAUGGUGCAAAUUUUUCUGAGCAAGUCACUGGACUCCUUGGUCAGUUUUAUUCUAACACACAUUUUGAAGGAAAACAUGGGGAUGCAAGCACAAUAAUUGCCCAAGGGCAAAGGCAUAUGUCUACCAGACAAAAUAAAAAAGACUACAGGGUAGAAUCAUCUGCUGAUAAUCUUUCCUGUUGGUUGGUAAAACUGAAACUUUGAGCAGUUCUCAACAGCAAAAAUCCUGCCAAUUAAAACACCUUAUUGUGUAUUAAUUGUACCAAAUGUCUAAUUUUCCUAUAUUUUAAGUGUUUAAUCGUUUCAUAAUGAUUUCACAUGUUUACCUAUUGAUAUUUUAGAUAAAUCAGUUAAAUAAUUUCUCAAAACUGCCCAGAGUAGACACGUUCUAGAUGGGAGGUAUAUAAAUCUAAUAGAUAAAUAAAUAAAUAAAGCAUACAGAUAUUUAAUAUGUGAUCAUAAAUAGCGUACUGUAUAGACCCUCCAAUCCAAUCUGAGCAAAGGUGAAGUAAAAUACAUUAUAUACCGUAUUCUUUUUUGUCCUAAAGUAAUACUGAACUUCAGUUACUUACUUAGGUCCUCUGUUCCCAUGUUCUGAUUGGUUCACUCUGUGGAAAGCCCAUAGGAUUAGACAACACAGUUUGUGCUUUGGGUUAACUUCUGGUCACACUCCUAUUUUUAACAUCUCUAAUAAUGAUUAAUUUCCAGAUUAUUGUAAUAGUAUCUCAAAGCCUCUUGCUCUGAACUUUCAACUUUGUAUUAGAAAUCAAACUAUAAAUCCUAUGUGCCUGUUUUUAAAACAUUCCAUAAUUAAUAUGGUUAAUAAAAAUUAUCUUCUCACAUUC